UGAGAGCUAUACGUACAUAUUUAUCCUGUCGACAUUUCAUAAGCUUUAUCUUAAUAUCUUGUCAAUAGUAUUGUGAUAACUGUAACUGAAUUAUUUCAUUAUUUUCACUGAAAAUGUCUCAAAUAGUCGUCAAAUAUAAUAUUGGAAUAAAUAACCGGCAAUUUGAGGACAAUUGGAUUUAACGAGUUGAGUUUGAAAUAAAAUUUUUUGAAAAUCUACAAUAAAUAGAAAUCGGUGGGCAACCCGCAGUGAAAAUCUUGUAUGUAUCGGCGCAUUACAGAGUGAAGUGAGUAACCGCGAAUAAAAGCUUGCUGAAUCAAGCGAUUCAGUAAACAUCUCUGAGAGAUCUAUUGUUCGCGUAAAUAGUGGAUUCAGUAUUUGCUAAAAUUUCUUUCGAUGGGACAUUAUUUUUUUUUAACACGCUAAAAUGAAAUAGCACAUCUUCAAGGGUGUUGUUACUUUAUUCGGCAAGAUUUAUACAAACAAUUCAACUGGAGUCGGAUAUUCUGGAGUCAAAAACCGACAAUGAACAAAUCUGCAAAUGUGUAAGACAAUUAGUGAAGGUUCUUCGGAGGACGGACUUUUUUGAAUAAAAUAUUAUUGUGCAAGUGUCGAUUUUAUUUUUAAUUUAUUAUAUAUAUAUAUAUAUAUAUACAAUGGCUGAUAUAUUUUGGAAAAAUGCUAUCAUUAUGUUUGUUGUUAUUACAGGUGUACAAUGUUUACGAAACGUAACGUUAGAAAUAAUACCAGAAAUCGUUGAACGAGGUCAUGAAGUUAUUUUACGAUGUCAUUACAUAUUGGAUAAACCUCACCUCUACUCUCUGAAAUGGUAUCGUGGAAAACACGAAUUCUACAGAUAUGUGCCCAAAGAAGAGCCAUCAACGAAAAUAUUUAAUGUCCCUGGAAUCGAAGUUGAUACGUUGAAUUCAAAUGAAAGUCAAGUAACAAUAAAAAAUGUUGAUUUUGGUCUAACUGGGAAUAUUUCCUGUGAAGUAACAGCGGAUGCACCGACUUUUUCUACGGAAACUGCAACUAAAAAAAUCGUUGUAAUGUCUUUACCAGCACGCAAGCCCACAAUCAAGGCCGAACGACGAAGAUACAACCCUGGAGAUCUGCUGAGAGCAAACUGUAGUGUACCUCCAUCAAAACCACCAGUAGAGUUUUCAUUUCAGCUCAAUAAUGAGCUAAUUAAGCCUGUGGAAUCAUCAGUAUUGAAUGAAAAAACCCAAUUAUUUUCGGAGAAACAUGGUGUUCAAGAUCCUGAAGCCGAAUGGCAAUGGAGUGAGAUACGCGUUACGUUGCAACCUCACCAUUACACAAAUAGCCAAUUGAAUCUCCGUUGCAUAACACAAAUACCGGGAAUGUUUAAAGCUACUACGGAUAUUCAACUGAAUGCUUGGGAGCCGGUUCCUGAAAGAGUGACGUCAGACAGUGGUGCAGCAGUAUAUGGAUUAGGAUUACUGACAUUAUUAUGUUUGUCAACUGUUCCAUCAUUUAUAAGAUAGUCAUUGCAAACGUCAUAUUUAUUACAAAUCCUAAAACGGCCAGCUCUAACAAUAAACACUAAGCUGAAAACGAAUUUUCGAUAAAAGACGGAAAAAAAUACGACUUUUGGGAAAAAUACGGGUUUGAGAAUAUUAACACAUGUGAAUGCGCAAUAUUAGAUACAAAGUUCAAGCUCAGAUAGAUGUUAGUUAAUGUUAAUAUACAUAAGUUUUUAUAAACGUUUUAAUAAAUUCAGUAUAUAAUUAUGUGCAAGAAAAUAUUUCUAAAGAAUUUUGAUCUCGAUUCAUCAUUAUUUUCUAUAUUGUUUAUAAUAUUUUUUAAACGUUAGUAUAUAUAAAAAUAUAUACAACAAAUAUAUAUACACACUAAUAUUAAGGCCAAUAAUGUGAACAAGUCAAUUAGAUGUCGUUAAUAACUCGAAACCAUUAUGCAUCAUAAAUGUUUGUAACCAAUUAAUAAAGAAAAUCAUAAGCAAU